AAGUAUGGUGCGGAAAAAAUAAAGCAUUGAAUUUGGCUGUCGUUUAUUUGAUAAAGGCAAUUCAUUUGGUAUAACCUGACGCGGCCAAUGAUGAUACCUAUGACAGUUCAUUUUUGUAUGGAGUAACUGUCAAUAUCAAAUGUUUUUGGGCCUUUUUUUGGUACUGAAACACUUUUUUUAUUCAGAAAUAUAAAAAUAGGGUAAAAACCUAUUUCUACAAUUAUUCUUUAAAUUAUGUCUAUCCAAAAGUGUAUUCGAGGAACUGUCAUAGGGAUCAUCAUUCGCCGCGUCAAGUAAUAGUUAAGGUGUACGUAAUACAGUAAAAAUAGUUAUGUCACGUCCAUUCAGAGAUAUAUAAAGAAAAAAAGAUGCAACAAAAAUGAGUGAAUAACAAAAUCUGGUUAACAAUAUAUUGUGAAGUAUCAGGAUUCUCAUAUUUUGUUUUUGGGCUUACAUGUACUUGUUAGGGAUAUCUCACUGCCUAAAUCGGAAUAUUAAGAAUCAAUAACUUGUCAUGGACAUUUCAAACGGUUCUACUGUGCGCGUCCUUGGACGUGUGUGAACUGCAUGAUGUGUUAAAUUCAUAAUUCCAAUUUAAAACAUAUCCUCAUACUCCUUGUCCCCCAACGAGCAAGAGACCUUGCAUGGGCUGUACGGAGUAGAAGCAUAAAAGCAGUUUGCUUAUUUGCCUGAGGUCUCACCUCAUUCUAAUGUAGGUCUCAACUCAAGUGUUAUGUUUUACAAGAUGCAGGGAAAUCCGAGGGAAAACCGGAGUUCACAAAUUAUAGUCAUCGUUCUCUGUCACUCUAAUUGCGCCUAAAUUGGUGUAAAAGAGAAAGAUGUGAUGUGAAGAGACCCUUCAUCGCGCACGGAGCCUCAGUAUUUGUACGAAUUUUAACAUGUAGGCUGGCAACACACUUUUGUUCAGUCAAGUAAAAAAAAAUCGUGUCCGGUCCGUCUGCCUGCCAUUGUUGUGAUCAAAACAAAAAUUUAAUUAAUUUUGAAUAUGAGCAAGAGAAAGGACAAGAGCAAUUCCGGGUCGAGCUCGUCGGUGACGACGCGGAGCAGGAUGAGCAUGGACAGAAAAGUUCAGUACCGGAAUUUCCUUGAAGGGUUCUCAAAACUCGAACUGGAAGGGGCCAGUAUGGAUGAGAAGAUGGAGUACACAUCCAACGUCAUCAAGGAGGCCGACGCGCUGCUCCAGCAGGGCUCCAUGGAGGACCGAGUCAAGAACCCAACGGAGAGUUUCCUAGCGUCGCGGGUGCUGCGAGCGGCCAGCCAGAUGGCGGCCACGUGCGCCGCCGGCGUGUCCGGCGCCGUGCACGUGUACGACCGUCGGGAGCUCGCCGCGCACAUCAAAGAGAAACCUGAAUUCUGGAGCGUCCUGUUCCCGCUGGAGGCUCCCGCUACCUGCUCGCUGUUCGGGGCCUUCGACGCCGCGCCGCCGGAGGAGCGCCCGCGGCCCGGCAGGAGGAGGGCGGAGCGCCAGGCCCUGGCGGAGAAGAAGGCGCCGGCCAAUGUGGACAAAAUGGACAAGACAGAGGAAGGCGCAGAAAUGGUAUCCCGCGUGAAACGCUUCGUGACCAAGACCUUCGAGCGCACCGGCGCGCCGCUCAGCUACUUCCACACCGUGCUCGACCCGGGCAGCUUCGCCCGGUCUGUGGAGAACGUGUACCAUCUGUCCUUCUUGGUCAGGGAGGGCGCUGUGUCCUGCCAUGUCGAUGAAGAGCACGGGCUGCCCUUCAUAGCGCCCGUCGCGGAGAAGGCCCGCGGCGGCCAAGCCAAGGAACACCAGUUCAUAGUGAGCCUGGACAUGCAGCGGUGGCAGGAGCUGAUAAAGGCGUUCAACAUCGAGCAGCCGAUGAUGGUGCUCAGGCGGCAGUGACCGUGAGCCGUGACGACCAUGUCUUGUUCGACCAGUGACACUGUAUACACCGUGGGAACGAGUAACCUGACAUAUUUUAACACGCUUUCCGGAGAUAGUAAAUAGCAAAAAAUGUUAUAUGACUUUUGGUGAAAUUCGGCAUAAAAAAAAAUGUAUGUGUGUGUUUUCUGCACACGAUACGUUACUGAUACACCUUAGUGAAAAAAAAAGAACAUUACAACGAAUAAGUUUUUUUAAAUUUACAAAUAAAUUUUGCUUAUUUCCUUUAAAACUUUAGUGUCUGUGGCUAUACUCUGUAUCUUAAGGUAUUUAAAUAAAAGUAAACAAAAUCUACCCUUAAACGGCUCCUUAAGCCAGUUGAGGGUAGAUGAAAACAUUACAUGAUCAAAUAAUGUAGGUUAAAGUCAGGUCGUUCAGUGACAGAUCCAGGCGGUUUUGUAUUGGGUUGGUUAACCAAUAAAUGUUAUAACUACCCGAAAAUUUACAAACUGCUUGUUUACUUUUAUUUAAAUACGUAAAUAUAAAUACAGAGUAUAGGUGUGUCUAAACCAAGUCACGUAGUGCCAGUGUGGCAGCCAAAAACGCGAUUUUCACUGAGUUAUUAAAAUUUUCACAAGAACAUCUAUAUUCUAUAACAAGAUCGAUUUCAGAAAACUUUAUAUGGCAUUUUAAUCUCUAAAUGCGGUCAAAAAUACACAUUUAAUAUCUGUCGGGUUACUCGUUCCCACUGUGUAGAUUUAAUAUAUUAAUUAUUGAACGAUACCAUAAUAAAUGUGACGUUUUUAGCCAAAAGAUGCUUUAGUUACCAAUAAUACGCAUUCCACCUGCCUCCUCUCGAGUUGCAGGCGUCCAUGGGCUACGGUGACUGCUUACCAUCGGGCGGGACGCAUGCUUGUUUGCCACCGGCGUGGUAAAUUUUCAUCUUUAUAUCAAAAGCGUCUUUUGGUUCAGAACGACACAAAUUAUCUUGAAAAUUUAAUAUUUUAUUAAUUGUUAGCACUGAAUUUAAUUGUGCAAUUUUGUAUUUGGUCGACUGAUGAUACUCUUGAUUGGGCUGUUCCCACUAGUUACCACUAACUUGAUUUGGUGGUAACCAGUGGGAAUUAUUUUUCCCAGUUGUUACCAGUGGUAAAAGGAGGGAAUUUUUUUCCCAGUAGUUACCAUCCAAUCAAGUUGGUGGUAACUAGUGGGAAUUAUUUUUCCCAGUAGUUACCAGUGGUAAAAGGUAGGAAUAUUUUUCCCAGUAGUUACCAUCAAAUCAUGUUAGUGGUAAGUAGUGGGAAUUAUUUUUCCUAGUAGUUACCAGUGGUAAAAGGUGGUAAAAAUUUUCCCAGUAGUUACCAUCAAAUCAAGUUGGUGGUAACUAGUGGGAAUUAUUUUUCCCAGUAUUUAUCAGUGGUAAAAGGUAGGAAAAAAUUCCCAAUAGUUACCACUGGUAAGAACUUGGUGAUAACUAGUGGGAACAAUCCUCGUGAUUCUAUUGAUAGUUAUUACUUUAGUUCCUGCGCCAAAGAGCAAAUAAAUGUACAGAUCUAACCAUUCUAACCUCUCUCCUAAUAGUACAACUGGUUUGUGAUAUGCAAUAAACAAUUCAUUCAUAGGGAGCGUGCAUGAACUGUAGGAGGCAGCACAGGAGCUGUCAGAUUUUUGGCGCGAGGCGUAAAUGUGAUGUUUAUUGUUCCGAUGUAGCUCACAAGAUGGCAGAACCUACUAUGCACAAGAAAACACUUGACGUGUAAAUGUGCCUGUUUAUGGUUCCGAUUCAGAGCACAAGAUGGCAGACCCUCCAACGCGCACGGUCCCUAUACAUUACGAUACAAGUGCGAAAAAUAGGAAAAUUGAAACGAGUGGCGAUAAAUUAAAACACGACCGAAGGGAGUGUUUUAAAUCGACACGAGUUGCGAAUUACCUAUUCGUACUUGUAUCGUACAACGUUUUACAGUACAUAUGGCCCUUUAAAUGUUCGACACAGUAACGUAAUAUGCAAAUUUUCGCACUAGUACUAUAAAGUAGCACCAUAUGUACUGUAAAAGUUCUUUAUACAUUCACGGACAUAAAUAGUUGAGCUAUUUAUAUAACUUUACAUUGGACAUUUCAUACAGUUAGUAUUGAUAACCAUAUUAGCUUGAAACCGAAAUGGCUUAACUAUUAACGUCCGUGACUGUAUACCCGUUCGCUUCGAGUUGGCCGUCGGCGUCGUUCUAUAAUAACUUCACAGAUACAAUUAUUAGUAAUCGACAAAAAAUGACAUUCUUCACUCAUCCCGAGUCUUAUAUACCGGGUGUGGCCUGUACAGGAGCAAAAAAAAUUAAACUAGGCUGUACUCCUCAAACUGACCAACAUUUGACAGCAGCUUUUAAAAUAGUACAUUACGAUACAAGUGCGAAAAAUAGGAAAUUCGAAACGAGUGGCGAUAAAUUAAAACACGACCGAAGGGAGUGUUUUAAAUCGACACGAGUUGCGAAUUACCUAUUCGCACAUGUAUCGUACAACGUUUUACAGUACAUGUGGCCCUUUAAAUGUUCGACACAGUAACGUAAUAUGCUACUUCUCGCACUAGUGCUAUAAAGUAGCCCCAUAUGUACUGUAAAUAACUUUUAUUUUGAUUUUUAGAACACUUUAAGGUUUAUUCUAAUGCGCAAUGUAUUUCGAAUUUUGUUAUGUUUAAAGCGUGACAAUCAACGUCAAUUACACCGAUGACAGCGUACAUUGAAGGUAAUAUUUAAUAUGUAUGAAAAAUAGGAAGUCUAAAGAAUUCAUAAUUAUCAAAAAUCGCUGAACAAAUGUUGGUAAGUGUGAGGAGUACAGCCUACAGUUAAAUUUAUUGCUCGUGUUACAGGCCACACCCGGUAUAGAGAUAUCGCGGUAGUCGUGAAGUAAUGACGACCGGUUUGGCCUAGUGGGUAGUGACCCUGCCUACGAAGCUGAUGGUCCCGGGUUCAAAUCCUGGUAAGGGCAUUUAUUCGUGUGAUGAGCAU